UGCGUAAAAUAGACCGCUGUCCGAUCAAACUGUCAAAAACUCGAAAUCAAUUCAAUGACAGUUGACAAAUUGUGUUUGUAACCUUAAAAUGUGGCGGUAAAUAUCUGCAAAUAGAAGUUGUAAUCAACGCUUUUACUUUUUAUAUGAACAAUGGCGACUAAUAAUACAAUCUACUGGAAACGGUUAUGGCGUUGGACAACAUCCCAAUUUCUUACAAAAGAAGAAAUAGAGAAAAUAUACACAAAAGAGGUGGUUGAAGGUCUUAAGAAUGGCCUGAUUAGCUAUAAACCUAAAGAAGCAGAUGCAUUUGCAAGUCUUCAAUCAAAAUAUCCGGAUCAAACAAAACUACUUAGUGUUGCACAAACUUUACAAAACUAUAUGGAUGUUAACUGCUUCCAAAUAUGGGAAAUAAUAAAACACUAUCUGUGUGAUAUAUCAUAUGGGACACCUGAAAAUGCUCUAAAAAAUGUGGCAUUUGUUGACACCAGACCAACAUUUCUCUCACCAAAAGUCUGGGAAUUUUACUACGCAGAGAGAUUGUAUCUGCUAAAAUUAUUGCAAUACAUAAUUCAAUUCAGAUUGGAUAAGAAUCAUAAAUACAAUGAACAGUUUACAAAAAUAAUCAAUGAUAUUGGUAUACAAAAUUUAAAAACCUCUUUGAUUAAGCAGUUUGAAAAAGUUUUAUUAGAAGUAGCACCGUUGAGAAAGAUCCAGGGUGAAUUUGGGAGUGAUACUAUUCAACAAGAAUGGGCAGAAUCAAAUAUAAGAGAACAACAAGCUAUUUUACAAAUAUUGUUGUUAAUCGGAAAUGAAGAAGUAUAUACAGAGGUUCAGUUUAUUGAUAUGUUGAAGUUGUUCAGAAGACAUAAUUUUGGCAAGAAUCAAAAUUAUCAUGAGUUGUUAGAAGGCAGAUGCAGAGAGGCUUGUCUUAGGAUAACAUAUUUGGAAGCUUGUAUAUUUAUGGUUAUAUGUGAUCAUGAAAAGAUAAAUAAUGUCUCCAACUGGCUAGAUGCAACUAAAAGUGCAGUGGAAUGUGAGCUGACCAAACUUGAAUUGUCUCAGGAACAUAGUGUUAUGCUCCUUACUUGGAUGCUGUUGACUCUAAAGAGUGAAAAUCACAGUAAAUUAUUUGAGACUCAAUACCAGCAUUACGGUGCAACAGCACUCAGAAUGAGAGUAUUUGAAUUUUUACUCCAGAUGUUGAAUAGUUCGGUGUUUACGGAUAAAUCAAAAUGUGCCGAAAUAGCAAGAAACCGUGUAUUUAGAUUAUUGAACAAUCUUUGUGAUAAAUUUGAUGGUGAUGGUACAUUAAGUAUGCAGCCUGGUAUAAUGCAGCUAUGUUCUGAACUCCUCAACUCCCCAGAUAUUGCAGAAGAGUUUUGGCAAUUGCGUCAGAAAGAUGAAGACUUUGGGGUUGUGUCAUUAUGGAAUACGGCGUUGGAGUAUUUUCCAUUUAAUUUUAAUGCAUUGUCAGUAUUAUCUGAUGGAUUGGCACAAGCUGGUAACUCGAGUGCUAGAAAUUUACUAGCUGAACUUAAAAACUUGCCAGUAUAUACAGAAAUUUAUAACCCCAAUGCAGUACCUAUUAUGUCAUUUCAAGAUGACGAUGCUGUCAUUGGCCGUGAAUAUUACCCUCUCGGAGAUCCUUCUUACCGUAUUGAGAUGGGAUCAAAAGCAUGUGUAAUGGAGAGAAAAGAGGGAACAAUGAUACAUUUCAGAACCCCAUAUUCUUACUGGACAGUGUUUAAUAAUGAAAUUGAGAAAGUAUUAGAUCGGAAACAGCACCAUCAACAUAAUAAUAAUGUAUCCUUGGAGAGAGUUUACGAAGGCACAAAAGUACUAAAAGGUGUUUUGAAAUAUAUAGUAGAAACAAAAGAGAUCCCAAAGAUUUUUGUGAGUUCAAUAGAAGGUGUGUUUGACGUGUUACUGAGGUUUAUGAGAGCUGAACAACCACCUCUGCCACUGUUGGUGGAAUGCCUCAAUGUGUGUACUGUGUUAAUUAAAUUGUUUCCGAAGGAUAUACAUAAAAGGUUAAUAAACACUGGGUUACUGCCAAGAGUCCUAAACCAGCAGUUGUCUCACAUAGAGUAUGCUAAUGGCGCAUCUCUAGAUUCAGCAGCCGUUGGUUCAUACUUGGUGAUCCUCGAACAACCGAGUGGCUCAUAUAAAUUCUUAGCCGCUUAUAUUGACAUGCUCACUGAAUUCCUUGAGUUCUCAUCCGAUGAGGGUAUAACGUCAGAGAUAAUCCUGGCUGGUCUGAUGCUGGUGCUGCGCGAGGUGUUCCCGAACAUCUGCGGCUGGCGCUAUAGCUGCGCCGCCCAGCGCCGCUCCCUGCUGCAGCGCUGCACCAAUUUCCUCACAUCAAUACUGGAAAUGCCCAAAACAAAUGACACAAUGGCACUAGUGAAGAAAACUUGUAUAUACAGUUUUCUGUAUAUGGAAAAUGCGCUGGAAGUGUUGAAGAUUAUCUCUGUUGGCAACGAACAACUAGAACGUACUUUACGGGACGAUACAAACUGGAUCUCAGGUAUAGGGUCUCAGUAUAUAUCUUCAAUGCUGAAGUGCUUUGCUAUUGUGAUGUUCUCCCUGCGUCAGAAGAGCAGCGUGGUUGAAGCAGGGGAAGUCACUCCGCUGGAGAAGCUCAUCUUCGCACAGAACAAACAGAAGGACAUGCUGAAGGUGGUGCCGAGGAUAGCCAGCUAUAUCAACCAUGCUUUCAAUAAGAGUCUCUCUGUACUGAGCUGCCGGAUACUGAAGAAAUUUGCUGAUGGUUUUCAAAUGUCUUUAUUUGCUUCGUUAGAUAUGACAGCUUACCAAGUGAGAGUUAUAUUCUUGGACCGUCUUCGUGACCCUUAUGAAACUCUUGAAUUGAAAAAAGCCAUACUGGAAUUUGUUGCCACUUGCAUUGGCACCCAGCCAGGUCUCACGGAGGCAUUCUUCAUGAUGAACCAUGAAAAGGCAAAGGCAGUUGAGAAAGAUAAAGAAAAAAAUGGUGAUGAAAAUAGUGAUGAAGACAGCUUCGAAGGAAUGCUGGGAUUUAUGGCCGAUUAUCUUUUGACUGUUAAAACGGACGCGAAGUUAUUACACAGUCCAAUAUUAGCCUGCAUAUUGGAACUUUUCCACGCGCUAUGGAAGAACAAUAUGCAAAUACUAGUCAAAAAAUUACGUGAAAAUGAUAAUUUCUGGGAAUAUAUGACUAGUCCUCUUUUCAGCGAAAUACAACCCGGUCUGAAAACUUACAGUCAAAUAUUUAAUAUCCUCGGAAUCGAGCUGUUCUUUUCAAGGGGAAAAAUUGAGCCUAAUUUGAAAGCUGUACUCGAACAGUUCUUCGAUACGAACAAAGAUCAUUUAGAUAAAUGGAUUGAUUUUAUAUUUUCCUUCUACGGUAGAAACGAAGACGAGAUCGUCGACCAAGUGCCGGUUUGGUUGGGCUUGUUAACUUCCUGGAAGGACUUUAUGACAAUAAUAUGCAAAUGCCUUCCGAUAAGCUUGAAUAUCGCUCAUAAGGCGAAAAUGGUUGCGCCCUGCAUGAACGCGUUACUGACAGAAUUGGAAGACUUGAAAGACGGUCGCCUGGUCGUGAUCCUCGCGGAACUACACGUCAUAUUGUUAGCUAAUUGGAAGGACGAUUGUUUCGAAAAUAGAAAAUGCAGUGCGAAACAAAUCGAUAAUCUUCUUUCUAAUACUGCGACGGUCUACGAGUGCCUCCAUCUGCGGGCGAUACGCGCCAUACUAUCAAUGGGCACAGUCGCCAUCAGCAGCUUGGACUACGAGAUCAAAGCUAACAGUAUGACCGCUCAGAGUAUUAUAAGAUCUGUCACACAUAUAAACAGUAUUGAAUUGGAGAAGUUGAUCGAUAACGUAAGCGAAAAAACCGGGCCAGUUCAAGACGCAAACGGGAAAGAGGAAGUACCGCCUGUUGUUCUGUCUCUGGCGAUGUUGGAGCAGUGUUUGGACUUGUACGACUUGUACUCGGGUCUGUCUCAGUGGUUUCAGUCGACGAAGUUCAUCAACAAACUGCUGUGCUGCUUGCAAUCUUGUCUGCAGAACCGUCGCCACUAUUACACGUCGCUGGCCGCGCUGCGAUGUCUGACCGCGUACGCCCGCGGGCCGUUCAAUAAGGAUUUACUGAUGAGUGACGUAGAUCAAUUCCUAUGGCUGCAGCUGCUGCCGCCCAAGUUUGAGAACGGGAACGCGUCGUCAUGGAAACCGCACGAGUGGUGGCGGGUGUACGCUUACAGUUUAGAUUUCAUAUCCAUGAUGGUGAUGAAGCACGGCCAGUUCUUCGUGAGCGAUGCGAUCACGUUUAUGGGAGUACAUCUGGAGCACCUGGUGGAGGCGGUGCUGCUGCCGCGGCAGGUGUACAGCAUCGACGCCCUCAAUCUGUGCGCCUCCACACUAAACCUAGUGGUUCAGUUAGUUAAAUAUGAAUCUACUUGGCGUCUACAGAAUAUCAAUUCUUUGAUCGGAAUUAUGCGCAGUAUCAGCGCGUGCGUGUACCAGUGUGUGACGCUGAUGCUGCGGACGCGACGCGCCUCUGACGCGCAGCCGCCGGACGAGCAGCCCGCCAGCCACACGCAGCCCGUAUUACACAGAACCCUCGAGAUUCUCCACAUGGCUACCCUCUGUCUCCUGGCCUUCAGUCCAGACCUGCUGUCGCUGUUAGCGGAUCCUGGUCUCGACCUGGAGCGUUGGCAACCCCUGGUCGAGCUGCACUUCGGCGCGCCCAAGAUCUCAUACGAUCCAUUCCCGCAGUUAACUUUCGGCACAAUAUUGUCUGCGAUAUGUCUAAUAACGCGAUCAUUGAAUCAUGCGUACCACGGCGAGGAGGGCAGCGGGUCGCGGUCUCCGCGCGGGCGGCGGCGCGCGUGCUCGUGCAGCCCGGGCGAGCGCCGCGCCGCGCGCGCUGACUCCGUCACCUCCGCCUCCUCCGCCGCCAGCGCGCCGCCGCACCUCGACGAGCGCCUCGCCGCCGCCGCGCUGGAGGCCGCCACCGCGCUGCUCGCCUCGCAGGCUUUAUUAGCAGUACGCGAUAGUAGUGUUCCAUCUCGCCACAAACAAUUAGUGCGACGGGAAUUGGCAUCGGAAUUGACGAUGUUCCACGACUUCGUGCGCAAGCGCAUACUCUGCGCGGCGCACACACGGCCCCACCUCGUGCGUAACAAGCUAGGCGCGUGGCCGCUGCCGCCGGACGAAGAAGAAAUCAGGAGAAUUGAAGAAGCAAGGAAGGAAAGAAACCUGUGUGACGAAGAUGAUAGAUCCCUGCCCCCGCCGCCACCUCCAAAGCGACCCUCACAUGACUCUAUGCGCGAGUACAUUUUACGGAAACACUACUUAGAUAAAUGCGCUAGAACUCCAACAAAGGAACCGCCUUCUCCCGUCUCGCAUUCCACUCCGACGUCAGACAAAAAGAAGGAUAAUUCCAGAAUUUCUAAGCGCGUGUCCUGGGCGGACUCAACCAGGGAUAGCGCUGAGAGUCUGGAUGAUUCAUUGCAAGAAGCUGAACAAAUGUAUUCGAAUUUAACUGAUGUGCAGAUAAACAACGAGGAGGAUUAUUUUCAUUUUAUGUCCGUUGUUUUUCUUUAUAUAUGUCAAACUGAUUUGUAAGAAUAAUAAACGUUUUGAAUGAGAUUUAUA